AAGAAUGAAUUCAUGACGACAGAGACAAAUAAGAAUAGUUAUUGGACUUUAAAAAUCUUCCAUUAAAUCCCUUUAAUAAUACUCUCUUUUAAUUACAGAUUCUCCUCUCAUUCUCACUCGUUUCCAGAGAAAGAAGAAGAAGAAUAAUGGCGGUGGAUCAUCAAGCAUUUUAAAUUUUUCCGAAGAAGAUCAAAACAACAGACUCGGAAAGGAUUUUUUCAUCUUUUAUCUUUAGUAGUACCACUAUACGGUUUGGCGCCGGAACACAGUCGGAACUUCAUUAGAUGAAUGUUGAAAAAGGUGAAGGGAAGGAAUGUGAGACAGAUGAACAAAAAGAAUAACUUGUACUGUAUUAAUUGAGUUAAAAGCUCCAGUAGAAACGAAAGAACUGAAACUAAAGCAAAGAGGUUAUAAAUUGUCGAAUGUUGCAUUAAACCUUGGGAACUAGGCCAGUGUCCAGCUCUAUAGUUUGAGCGAGAAACAAGUCCACAAGCCCAAGAAAUGGUUGCCAAGGAGAUAAGGGGCCAGGUUGAAGAUCCAUCAAGUGAAUCCGAGAUUGAAUCAAAGCAUUUAAAAGAAGACGUAUCAGAUUGUGAUACAGUAAAAGAUUCCAUAUCAUCCCAAGGGGAUGCACAAACAACCGAGGAUGACAAAGUAGAAAGAAUUUCAAAAGUACCCAAAAAGGUUGCUAAAAAGGAACCUGUUCCACGCUUAUCAAAAACUAGAAAGGACCGGCAAGAAGCAAACAAGACCCAGAGCAAGUCAUUGAGUAACACGCCAAAGAAACCAGCAAAAUCUAAUAGAGGAGUUCCUAGAAAUUCCACUAAAACAAUUCCAGAUGGGAAGUCCAAGAUUAUGAAAGUUCAUCCGAAACCUUCGUCAGAAUCAUCCGAAGGAAUUGAUGAUGAUAAUAAACCCAUUGAAGAGGUUAAAGAAAUAGAUAACUUGAAUGAGGCACCAAAUGAAAUUCCAAGUAUUGGUAGUGAUAAUGAAGCAUCUGAUGUAGAGGAGAACUGUUUGGAUGAAGGCGAAGCAUCAAAUGAUCAAAGGAUUGAGGAAAUGGAAGCAAGAAUCAGGAAACUUGAGGAGGAGCUCAGGGAAGUUGCUGCUCUUGAAAUCUCGCUCUACUCUGUUAUACCAGAACAUGGAAGCUCAUCUCAUAAAGUGCACACUCCUGCUCGACGUCUUUCUAGACUGUAUCUACAUUCUUGCAAGCAUCCGGCUCAAAACAAAAGAGGCACAAUUGCUAAGAACACUGUAUCAGGACUGAUACUGAUAGCAAAGUCCUGUGGAAAUGAUGUUCCAAGACUAACAUUCUGGUUAUCAAACACCGUGGUCCUGAGGGAAAUUCUCUCUCAAGCUUUUGGUAAUUCACUUAAUUUGAGUCCAAUUUCGAGGGUGACGGAGUUAAAUGAUGGGGCGAAGAGAAGCGAGGGUAAGUCUACAUCAAAUCAAUGCAAGGGUAGUGGUUGGGACAAACAAGGCAAGAACAGUGGUUUAACACAGAUUCUUGAAGUCUGGCAAGAGACCCGUUCAUACAUAACUGCACUAGAAAAAGUUGAAUCCUGGAUCUUCUCACGAAUUGUAGAGUCAGUGUGGUGGCAGACCUUAACACCUCACAUGCAACCCCCAGUUGAGGAUCUGUAUUCUAAUAGAAGUCAAGGAAAGCUGUCGGGACCAGCUUUGGGUGAUCAGCAACAAGGAAACUUUUCAAUCAACUUGUGGACAAGUGCUUUCAAAGACGCCUUUCAAAGACUUUGUCCUCUGAGGGCAGCAGGGCAUGAGUGUGGUUGCCUACCAGUACUGGCUAGAUUGGUGAUGGAGCAGUGUGUGGCGAGAUUAGAUGUUGCCAUGUUCAAUGCAAUUUUACGUGAGUCAGCUAAUGAAAUCCCAACGAACCCUGUCUCUGACCCAAUAGUUGAUUCGAAGGUUCUACCAAUUCUAGCUGGAAACUUGAGCUUCGGAUCUGGUGCACAACUGAAAAAUUCUGUUGGUAACUGGUCUAGAUGGCUUACUGAUCUGUUUGGCAUGGAUACGGAUGAAUCACCAGAAGAUAGUGGUAACGAUGAGGAUGAGGACAGAAAUGGAAGAGAUGUUGUACCCAAAUCCUUUCGUCUUCUUAAUGCACUAAGUGAUCUUUUAAUGCUACCAAAAGACAUGCUUAUAGACAGAUCCAUCAGGAAAGAGGUGUGCCCUGCAAUUGAUCUUCCCUUGAUUAAGCGAAUACUGUGCAACUUCACUCCUGAUGAAUUUUGUCCCGAUCCCGUCCCUGGGGCUGUUCUAGAGGCCUUAAAUGCGGAGAGUAUCGUCGAGAUGCAGUCCUCAGACGGAGACUCAACCAGUUUCCCUGUUAGUGCUGCUACAGUAGUCUAUGUUCCCCCUUCCCACACUGACGUGCAACAGAAAGUAGGGGAUAAUAUUGGCGAAAGAUCCAAGUUUGAGAGGAAUGUUUCUGUGGUUCAAAGGAAAGGAUAUACCAGUGAUGAAGAAUUGGAUGAACUUGAUUCUCCAUUAACGUCGAUCAUCGAUAAGAUGCCAGCACCAACAACUGCUGAUAAUGGAACUGGAAAACACAAUGGAAAUACAAAGUUUGGUGGUGCAAGUGUCAGGUACGAACUCCUUCGUGAGGUCUGGAUUGUAUAAUAUACCAAAUGUCCUAGAUAAAUAGCGAGUAAAAGAAGAUACAUAUACAGAAAUGAGGUAGUAAAAAAAGUUGCUGAAAAAAGAAAUAAGUUGGUGUUGGAUGUAGUUGAAAUUGUAAGAAAAUCAGAGACGCUGUUCUAUUAUCAACAUGAAUUCCAGAUUUAUUUCUUUUGUACUUGAGGAAACAGUGAGCUUAUUCUUAAUGUUUGGUUCAGCACCCUCUUGGAAAG